UUUAACUUUUUGUGAAGCAACUUUGGCUAAUGUGGCAGCCUGCUCCUUCCUUCUUUGUCUCUUCCAGGCGUAUACGUCUUGCCGUUGUUUGUUUAUUAGAACUCCCUUUGCUUUCUCAGCCUAAACUGAGAAGACCCAUAUUGAUUUUCAGGCUCUCAUUUCAGAGAAAAACCAUCAAAGACGUGAAUUCACUUUCAGUUCUGUCUUGUUUACAUUUCUUUUCAAACUUCAAAUAACCUCUCCCUUUCAUGUUUUGAAAAAUGGGUCUUGGAGCAAACUUGUUUUUCAUCCUACUUUCGUUUUUCUUCAGCGUGGCAGCUGCUUGCACCGACGGGAAAUGCAGGCUGCUGGAUGAAUGCUCGACCGAUGAAGAUUGUGGAGCUGGACUCUAUUGCUUCUCUUGUCCUCAAGGAUUUUCUGGGUCUAGAUGCGUUAGAUCAAGCAUUACAGACCAAUUCAAGGUUUUGAACAAUUCUCUUCCAUUCAACAAAUAUGCAUUUUUAACAACCCACAAUUCUUACGCCAUUGAUGGAGAGCAAUCUCAUACUGGAGUUCCUCGGCUUACCUUCACCAACCAAGAAGAUAGCGUCACUCAACAGCUAAAUAACGGAGCUCGAGGCUUAAUGCUGGAUACCUAUGAUUUUGAGGGAGAUGUAUGGUUGUGCCAUUCUUUUGGAGGAGAAUGCCACGACUACACCGCAUUUGGGCCAGCUAUAGACACUCUGAGGGAGGUUGAAGCAUUUUUAUUAGCAAAUCCUGUGGAGAUCGUAACAUUGAUAUUAGAGGACUAUGUUAAAGCCCCAAAUGGAUUAACCAAGGUCUUCACCGAUGCGGGGUUGAUGAAAUACUGGUUUCCAGUGACAAGUAUGCCUCAGAAUGGUGAGGAUUGGCCGCUUGUCAGCGACAUGGUUGCUAAGAAUCAAAGGUUAAUCGUAUUCACUUCAAUUAAAUCCAAGCAAGAGAGUGAGGGGAUUGCUUACCAGUGGAAUUACAUGGUUGAAAAUCAGUAUGGGGAUGGUGGAAUGCACCGAGGGAACUGCCCUGCGAGGGGAGAAUCGUCCCCUCUGAACGACGGGGCUAAAUCUUUGGUCUUGGUAAACUACUUCAAAACCAUUCCCCUUAAGCAGCCCACAUGCCAACAAAACUCAGGAGACCUCAUUAACAUGCUCCAGACAUGUUAUGGAGCUGCUGGCAACCGAUGGGCCAACUUCGUCGCCGUUGAUUAUUACAAGAGGAGUGAAGGAGGAGGAUCAUUCCAAGCCAUCGACACUAUGAAUGCAAAACUGCUGUGUGGGUGUGAUGAUAUCCAUGCCUGUGUGGCCUUGUCUACCUCUGGAGCCUGCACCCCCUCAUAAGCCAUAACAAGCAGCACUCAUAAUGGGCAAUCCAGGCUGCAAAUUGCAUGGAAGUUGAAUUUAAUUGAGGGGAAAUUCCAUGUUUAUCAAUAAAAGUAAUGUAAAACAAGAUGCUGAUCACAAAACAAUUGUACAAACAGGAUAAUGGGAAUCCAUCUGUCAAUUUGUGGCAUUCAGGGGAAGCAGGUUCAUUAUUCAUUUACUGUAAUGUUGUGCAUGAAAUUGUGGUGGGGCUUUUGAGAAGCUUGAACCCCUACCAACAACUAGCAUAUACCUUAGCAUCAAUUUCACUACAUUUUUUACCGACC